AUUGCAUUGUGGGAAGCCGAUUUAGGCUGUUGCUGCUUCUAGCAUGCUGAAGCGUCAAUUAAAUGACAUUUUUAGCGUUAUUUGUCAAUAAUUUCGUCCGUCGUUGGCAUAUCAACUAAGGAUUCAACUUACAACAACAUUGGCAGAAGGCGUGGAAACGGAGAACCAUGGCCAUGUCGGUAGUGGGAGGUUUGUGGAGAGCUGGGUCGUCCUUGUGUCGCUCUGCUGGGACUCUGCUGCUCGCCACCAGGACCGUCUCCACAGGUACAUGCUGCCAGCUUAAGAUGCAUGCUAUCCCGGAGCGAAAACAGGUUGACAGGUGGACGGAAAAGAGGAGCAUGUAUGGAGUCUAUGAUAACAUCGGCAUCUUGGGGGGUUUUAAGGCUCAUCCCAAAGACCUAAUUGCAGCCCCCUGCUGGGUGAAAGCUUUCCAAGGUAAUGAACUGCAGCGUCUCAUAAGAAAAAAGAAGAUGGUGGGAGACAGAAUGAUGACUCUGGAGAGGCACAACUUAGAGAAGAGGAUCCGCUUCCUCUACAGACGCUUCAACCGGACUGGCAAACAUCGCUAAUGCUGAUCAAAGCGCAUCUGCAAAUGCAACAGACGAGCCUUAAGGACUGUCGAAGUUUAGUGGUGUCAUUUCAUAAUGUCACUGUGCUGUAUACUUGGCUAUGAUUAAAGUGUUUGUUUCAGACUUUA